AUGACCAAGACCACGCCGAUCCUCCUCUCCACGCUUGCGCUCGCGCUCACGAACGCGCAGUCGGGCUUUGAAGCCCUCACUUUGGAUGACGCGCACUGCCUCCCGGAGGUGCGCAACCAAGGCAAGUGCGGGUCGUGCUACGCGUUUGCGGCCGUCGCCGUGGCCGAAUUUGCCCACUGCCUCGCGACGGGCGAGAAGGUCGACGUCGCGGUGCAGCAGCUCGUGAGCUGUGAUAGCAGCAGCGGUGGCGGCUGUGAUGGCGGCCGUGCCAACGCUGCCAUGAACACGCUUGCGCGCACGCCCAUGUGCCUCGCCGCCGACUACCCGUACACAUCCGGGACGACCAAGGUCAACGGCGAGUGCAAGUCGUCGGCGUGCCCGACCAAGAAGCAGCUCAAGAUUGGCACCGCCGUGCGCACAUACGGUGAGGCCAACUUGGUCGCGUCGCUCCAAGUGCGCCCGACGGCCGUGACGGUCGAGGCCGGCAACGACGCGUGGCGCUUCUACAAGGGCGGCGUCGUCACGUCGUGCCCGGGCAAGCGCUCGGACCACGCUGUGCUUGCGGUCGCGUACGGCACGGAGAACGGCACGGCGUACUACAAGAUCAAGAACUCGUGGGGGCCCAACUGGGGCGACAACGGCUACAUCAAGCUCCAGCGCAACGCACCCAACACGUCCAGCGGCAUGUGCAACGUCGGCGAAGGCCCGAUGUACCACCGUCGCCGCUAG